AUUUGUGGAGCUUUAGAAAUGAGGUGUACGUAUGGUGUGGUUGCUGGAUUCUCAUUUUGUUCCAUUGCGUUUUAGUUUGUAUUUAAAAAGUAAUAUUUUAGUGCACCACAGCUAGGAAAGGUGAAGUAUUGGUGUGAUAAAUAAAGCUCAGGGGGCUCAGGACUCAGGAGAGGAGAGUCAGGGUUACUUAACUCAUUUAGCUAGCUGUGCUCUCUUUCUCUCUCUCACUAUCUAUAAAUUGAUAAGUGUGAGGUAAGAAACUAGCUAGCUACAAGGAAUACAAACAAAAAAAUGUUUGGGAGAAUAUGUGAGAUGUGGAAAGAAAUGAGAAGUAUAACGGCAAUGGUAGUGGUUCAAAUAGCUACGGCAGUGUUAAACAUAUUGUUCAAGCUUGCGAUGGAAGAUGGUAUGAACCCAAGUGUACUCGUGGCCUAUCGUCUCUUGUUCGCUACACUUUUCAUGCUUCCUUUGUCCUUCAUAUUUCAAAGGAAGAGGAAACCAGAGUUUACAUGGAGUUUGAUGUUACUAGCAUUACUCUCAGGGUUACUCGGUGUGGUAAUACCGAGUAUCCUAACCAUAGCGGGUCUGGCUCUAACGUCAGCAACAUUCACUUCCGCUGCUGCCGUUCUCACUCCAUUGAUCACUUUCAUCUUCGCUGCACUUCUUAGGAUGGAGAGUGUACGGCUUGGGUCGAGCGUAGGGUUGGCUAAGGUGUUUGGAACAUUGUUUGGUGUUGGUGGAGCUCUUGUCUUUAUAUUCUACAGAGGAAAAGAGAUUCAUCUAUGGUCAACUCACAUUAACCUAGUGAGCCAACCACGUGAUGCUAGUACCACCACUCACCAUAUCUCUGUCUUUGGAGCUCUUCUAGUUUUUGGUGGUAACAUUUCCAUCUCACUUUGGUUUUUAUUGCAGGUUAAGAUAAGCAAAAAAUUUGGAGGGCCUUAUUGGAACGCGACACUAAUGAACAUGAUGGGAGGCAUAGUGGCUAUGAUUGUCGCUCUUUGCUGGAAGCGAGAUUUGUAUGAAUGGAGAUUAGGAUGGAAUAUUAGACUCUUAACCAUUGCGUAUGCGGCAAUUGUGAUUUCAGGGAUGGUGGUAGCUGUUAACGCAUGGUGCGUCGAGUCUAGAGGACCGUUGUUUGUAUCGGUGUUUAGCCCUAUAGGACUUGUGAUCGUUGCCCUUGUUGGAUCAUUUUUGCUAGAUGAAACACUUCAUAUUGGGAGCAUCAUUGGUACAGUGAUUAUCGUGGGAGGAUUAUAUCUUGUACUAUGGGGUAAAAACAAGGAAAUGAAGAGUAUCCUUACGAUCAACUCAUCGGAUCAUAUUGAAACAAAUAAGACUAGCAAAGACAUCACCCUCAACACUCUUCCUCCUAGAUUAAGUAUAAAUGUCCCUUGAAUCGUCUUACAAAUCAAACAUCGAUCAUUUCUAUAUAAUGCUCGUUAUAUAUGGAGCACAAGUGAUUGUUAA